AUGGGAAUAAAGUUUUCCCCUAAGGUUAAGGCAACGAUCAAUGUUGACCUUUCCUUAAUCAUUGACGUGGCUCCAAACAGCAGAAACAACGAAACCGCACCCAACUCACAGGCAUUGAAAGACAACAAUGAUAAUAGUGAAAAUGUGGACUUUGAGAUACUCCUCUCUGGUGAAGCUGGGGUCGUUUUUGAAGUGGUGAGCAGCUUGGGUGGUAGAACAGAGACCCAUACAGUUGACCUUUCGGGGGUUAUCACUGUAGAGGCUGACAUGUAUUUGUAUGUUAGUGGCGAAGAUACAAAGCUCAUGCUUGCUGCCAGUAUCAACGUCAUGCUGGGGGGCAUCUGUGGUAUGACCCCUUAUGCUGCAGUCAUUUGUGAGAUAUUUAGUGGUGACUCCGAAUUAGUAGGUGCCAUUCGAUCCUACGCCGACAAGACUGGAUUUGGAGUUCAACUCGAGCUUUCCGGCUACAUUGGAUUGAAAAAUGACUUUAUGGAAGAUGUGCUCAAUUGGCCUUCUGAUGGCCACAGCUUUAGCUUUGGUGUCACCCUUGCUUACAGGGGAAGCACAAUCAAUGCAUGUGUACAGGUGGAUGGGAAUGAAUCUUGUUUUCACAGAUGUAAUAGUGACAGGUGA